CCCAGGUGGAAGCGCCAGGAGCAGCCGGCGGGAGCCCUCACGCGGACCACUCACUCUAUGGCCAUAGGGAGCCUCUGAGAGCCAGAAGAGUACCCUCCCGCCCGCUGCACCGCACCUCCCCGUGCCUCUCUGCUCUUCCAGGCCCCCGGCCCACGCGCGCCUCCCGCCACCAUGAACCACUCGCCGCUCAAGACCGCCUUGGCCUACGAAUGCUUCCAGGACCAGGACAACACGACGCUGGCUUUGCCGUCGGACCAAAAGAUGAAGACAGGCACGUCGGGCAGGCAGCGCGUGCAGGAGCAGGUGAUGAUGACCGUCAAGCGGCAGAAAUCCAAGGCUUCCCAGUCGUCCACCCUGAGCCACUCCAACCGAGGUUCCAUGUACGAUGGCUUGGCUGACAACUACAACUAUGGGACCGCCAGCCGGAGCAGCUACUACUCCAAGUUCCAGGCAGGCAAUGGCUCAUGGGGAUACCCGAUCUACAAUGGGACCCUCAAGCGAGAGCCUGACAACAGGCGCUUCAGCUCUUACAGCCAGGUGGAGAACUGGGGCCGGCAGUACCCCCGGGGCAGCUGUGCCACCACCGGCGCGGGCAGCGACAUCUGCUUCAUGCAGAAAAUCAAGGCCAGCCGCAGCGAGCCUGACCUCUACUGUGACCCGCGGGGCACCCUGCGCAAGGGCACGCUGGGCAGCAAGAGCCACAAGACCACCCAGAACCGCUAUAGCUUCUACAGCACCUGCAGUGGCCAGAAGGCCGUCAAGAAGUACCCUGUGCACCCACCCUCCUGCACCCCCAAGCCGGACCCGGUGUAUGUCCCACCCAUGUCCUGCAACAAGGACCUGUCCUUCGGCCACUCCAGAGCCAGCUCCAAGAUCUGCAGUGAGGACAUCGAGUGCAGUGGACUGACCAUUCCCAAGGCUGUGCAAUACCUGAGCUCCCAGGAUGAGAAGUACCAGGCCAUCGGUGCCUAUUAUAUCCAGCACACCUGCUUCCAGGAUGAGUCUGCCAAGCAACAGGUGUAUCAGCUGGGGGGCAUCUGCAAGCUGGUGGACCUCCUCCGCAGCCCCAACCAGAAUGUCCAGCAGGCCGCGGCUGGGGCCCUGCGCAACCUGGUGUUCAGGAGCACCACCAACAAGCUGGAGACCCGCCGGCAGAACGGGAUCCGUGAGGCCGUCAACUUGCUGAGGAGGACCGGAAGCACUGAGAUCCAGAAACAACUGACCGGGCUGCUCUGGAACCUGUCUUCCACUGACGAGCUGAAGGAGGAGCUCAUUACUGAUGCUCUGCCUGUCCUGGCUGACCGUGUCAUCAUCCCCUUCUCCGGCUGGUGUGACGGCAACAGCAACAUGUCCCGGGAAGUGGUGGAUCCCGAGGUCUUCUUUAAUGCCACCGGCUGCUUGAGGAACCUGAGCUCAGCCGAUGCAGGCCGCCAGACCAUGCGAAACUACUCAGGGCUCAUUGAUUCCCUCAUGGCCUACGUUCAGAACUGCGUGGCAGCCAACCGCUGCGAUGACAAGUCCGUGGAGAACUGCAUGUGUAUCCUGCACAACCUCUCCUACCGCCUGGAUGCAGAGGUGCCCACCCGCUACCGCCAGCUGGAGUACAACGCCCGCAACUCCUACACGGACAAGUCCUCCACCGGCUGCUUCAGCAACAAGAGCGACAAAAUGAUGAACAACAACUACGACUGCCCCCUUCCUGAGGAAGAGACUAAUCCCAAGGGCAGCAACUGGCUGUACCACUCAGAUGCCAUCCGCACCUACCUGAAACUCAUGGGCAAGAGCAAGAAGGAUGCCACCCUGGAGGCCUGCGCCGGGGCCCUGCAGAACCUGACGGCCAGCAAGGGGCUGAUGUCCAGUGGCAUGAGCCAACUGAUCGGGCUGAAGGAGAAGGGCUUGCCACAAAUUGCCCGCCUCUUGCAAUCUGGCAACUCGGAUGUGGUGCGUUCUGGAGCCUCCCUCCUAAGCAACAUGUCCCGCCACCCUGUGCUGCACAGAGCAAUGGGGAACCAGGUGUUCCCGGAAGUGAUCAGGCUCCUGACCAACCACACUGGCAACACCAACAACUCCGAAGACAUCUUGUCCUCAGUCUGCUACACCGUGAGGAACCUGAUGGCUUCUCAGCCACAGAUGGCCAAGCAGUACUUCUCCAGCAGCAUGCUCAACAAUGUCAUCAACCUGAGCCGCAGCAGUGUCUCACCCAAGGCUGCAGAAGCUGCCCGCCUCUUGCUGUCUGACAUGUGGUCCAACAAGGAACUGCAGGGUAUUCUCAGACAGCAAGGUUUCGAUAGGAACAUGCUGGGGACAUUCACCGGGGCCAACAGCCUCAGGAACUUCACCUCCCGUUUCUAAGAAGAGGCUGUCCGAGCAAGCUCAGCUUGCAGAAAUGACAUGACCCAGCUGAGGAGACCUCAGGCCUUGCCAGAUGGGUUAUUCUGUCCACACUGUGCAGUAUUUGGAAAAGUUCAAAUGCAACUGAACAAACCUGAAAACAAUGGAAAUAUUUUUAGAUUCUAUUUUUUUUUCCUUAGGGGAAGU